ACUGUCCCCGCCUUGAUCUCUGUUCUUCAAGUAUACAUCAACAAUGUCAUAUUAUGCACUUUCAUUCCUACCACUUCUCUCUACCUUGAAAUCUUUUUUGAAGAUAUGGUAAACCCAGUGGGAGGUCACGGCCCGACUCUUCUGAUUGUUACUUGGGUGGAAUUCUCCAUUGCACUCUCCCUAUUGCUGGCACGGGUAUACACGACACUGCGAAUAACGCGGCGCACCCGGAUCGAUCUAUAUCUAACACUUUUCACCUUUGCCGUUGGCACCGAGAGCCUUAUUGCGUUAACUCUGAGCAUCCUCCACGGCCUCGGUCAAGAUGCGACAAUCCUGACACAAGAUCAAGCCGCUAUGGCCAUAAAAUGGAGUUGGGUGAACCAGUUGUCGGCUCUUUUCGCCAUCGCGAUGGGGAAGCUAGCCAUUGUGGCUUUUCUGCAGCAUCUCCAUGGCCCCGAGGACCGCUGGAAAGUAGCGAUACUAUGGAUAGUGGCGUUCAGUAAUCUUGUGAUCAAUGUUAUCAUUAUACUUAUCGUGUUGACUCAGUGCCAACCGUUGAGCAAGCUAUGGGAUGACAGACAUCCUGGGACUUGUGAUUAUCUCCGGACUCAGAAUUGUGCUUUUUUCCAAGGGAGCUGGUCUGCUUUGUGCGAUCUUAUCCUUGCCUUAUAUCCGGUCAGCUUUUUCUGGAACGUACAGCUCAGAUUACCAGUGAAGACUGGGCUCUGCAUAUUGAUGGGGUUGGGAGUGAUCGCAUGCAUUUGUUCUAUUGUUAAAACAACCUACCUCCGCGUGCUCUCCAAGACCGAAAAUGUAACGUACUACUUGUCUCAGCUCAUCACAUGGAAUGAGUAA